CAAACCUCAACCUCUUUGCGGCAGCCUCUGCGCCCAGGCUCUUGACCACUCGCCCGCCUCCGGAUCCUCGUCGCGCGCCACGGUCCGAGCCGGCAGGGCCUUGCCAUUGUCCUGCGUACUUCGCUUUCCUCACACAUGGGCGCGACGUCGCAGUCGUCAAUUGAGCCAUGGCAUAAGGCUGCCCCAGCGAGACGUCGUAGACCCGGCCCCGAGGACGAUCCCCCUCGAGCAUUGCUAUCUAAAUGGCGACAUCGCGAUUCCAACAGUCAGAUCUGCGGCGUCAGGUCGGGUCUCCGAGGCCCAAAGGUCGCGAGAACAAGGAGACGCUCUGCCGGAACGUCCUCAUCUACGGCCACUGUCGAUACGAGGACCAAGGGUGCACCUUCUCCCACGACUUGAACAAGAACAAUAGCAACAACGGAACUCAGGCCGACAUGUCCAAGAAGGCUCUCAAUGUCGAGUCGCCGUCCUUCACGCCGGCCGGCAUCCAGCCGGCGGUGACCAAGAAGCCAACAUUCUCUACCCAGGCCGCUAGUGCCCCGGCAUUCACGCCACGCUCAGUCGGAGCAGUGACGCCCGCUGGAAGUACUGCCGACACCGAAUCCCCCGUCUUCAAUCCCGCAACUAUCCGCGAAUUCACUCCAAGCUUCGACGUCAGCUCGCAGACGGGUGCGAACGGCUCCAACCAUGACGGAGCUUCGUACGAUCCCUUUACCAUGGCGGCCGUCGGGCAAAACCUGCCUACCCCCCAAUACAACCCUUAUGCCGAGGACCACAACGCCUUGGGCGGCGGGGCCGCGUCCUUCUUCCCGGCCCAAGGAGCCUUCACCACGCCGCUUCAACCACUCCAGUAUCAUCUCUACGCCCCUGUUGGACCCCACAGGGAUGACCUGAUGCCCUACCAGCGCCUCACACACGACUUCUUCAUCCCCGACAAACUCCGAGAGGAUCUGCAGAAGAAGGCCGAGGCAUCGCUGCAGGUCAUGCCCAACUCGCAGCUCCCGCAGCUAGACAACUAUCACUCGUUGGUCGCGCUGGACACGUCGCACAGGAAGAACGCAAACAUAUAUGGCUACCCCAGCUGGGUCUACAAGGCAAUGUCAUCCAAGACUGGAAACCUAUACUGCCUGCGUCGCCUCGAAGGCUUCAGGUUAACCAACGAGCACGCGAUCCGGUCUGUCAAGGAGUGGAGGAAGAUCGACAACGCCAACGUGGUGACGAUCCAUGACGCCUUCACCACCAGGGCGUUUGGAGACAGCUCCCUGAUAUUCGUGCAGGACUACCAUCCCUUAUCCAAGACACUCUCCGAGGUCCACCUCGCCCCCACUCCAGGGCCUGGGAACCGAUUCCAACCAAAGGGCCCCAUAUCAGAGGCCGUCCUUUGGACCUACAUCUCGCAGAUUGCCAACGCGUUGCGGGCAAUACACGGCGCGAAUUUGGCUGCUCGGUGCAUUGAUGUCACCAAGAUCAUCCUGACAGACAAGAACCGCGUCCGACUCAAUGCGUGCUCGGUACUGGACGUGGUGCAGUUUGACAUGAGGCGUCCCAUUCAGGAGCUUCAGCAAGAUGACUUUUUGCAAUUUGGACGCACCGUCCUCGGCCUGGCAACCAACACACUGCCCGUUCACCUCACCAACCUGAACUCGGCGGUCGAGCAGCUGAGCCGCUCCUACUCGGUGGAGCUUCGCGAUACGGUCGUGUGGCUCUUGGCACCGCCCCAGGCCCCGGCUCAGAAGACGAUCGACGAGUUCGUUCGUGGUAUUGCUGGCCAUAUAGUGGCAACGCUGGAUCAGAGCCAACACAGGGCCGACGAGCUCAACACGGAACUCUUCCGCGAGCUGGAAAAUGGGCGCAUUGCGCGGCUCCUCUUCAAACUCGGCACAGUUAACGAGCGCCAGGAAUUCGACGGUGACCGUUCUUGGUCGGAGAACGGAGAGAGAUACAUGCUGAAGCUCUUCCGCGACUACGUGUUCCAUCAGGUGGAUAGCAACGGGAGCCCGGUCCUGGACAUGGGACACAUGCUUCGCUGCCUCAACCGCCUCGACGCCGGUACGGACGAGCGGAUCUGCCUGACCAGCCGCGAUGAGCAAACCAGCUUUUUGGUCAGCUAUAAGGAGCUAAAGAAGCAGCUCAACAAUGCCUUUGGCGAGCUUCAAAAGGGUGGCAAGCAAGGGCGAGGGCUUUAGUCGGCCUCGACUCUCGAUAUCCCAGUACCUCUCCUCAUCUGGCCGCUCCGAGGGGGACAGGCGCUCAGCCGAAGCCUCAGGCCCAAGCAUGGUUUGGAAGGUGGGUGUUUGAUCACUCAUACUCAGAGAUACGAUGAGUGGUGCGCGGCCGGCAGGGAAUCGGCUGCCGGAGCACGGAGGGCUACACGCACGAUGAUGCGGGGGGCUGCUAGGCCUCGGCAUUCUAUCGGGGUACCAUAUAUAUCUGCGCCAUCUACGGCUUCUCGCAGAAGGGAGGGUACAGUACUGGGCACUAGAGGGGGAAGAGGGCAGCAGACGCUCGCGAACACACAGUCGAGGAGAGCGGCGGACCGCCCCGCUGCGUCUCCGAGGGUGGCCCGGCGGCGCCCGCUGCAGGCAGUGACUCUGAACGGACCACACAGACGACCGAUUUCGCACACGGCGGGCUGAAGACGAUGGGGGCUUUGGCUACGACGCGCAGGAACCUAGUUUUUGGAUUGAUGGGCGACCGAACAUGGUACAUGUGGGUGGGAGGCUGUUGUCGGUAUCGAACAGAGGGAGGACGAGCCGGCGGACGACAAGAUGCCUCGUGUUUCCGUUCCUUCUUUUUAAAACAUAUGAGCGAGGAUCUGGAGCGCGUCUGGGCCGAGCCUUCGGACUCGGUUGUACAAGGGGCGUCGGCCACGCGGGUGUGGAUGGCCCCUGGAUGGCCCCUCUACCAGGUCUGGUCUGGUCUGGUCUGGU